AAACACUUCCUCUCCACUGCUCCAAGCCGAUCCCAAGUGCCAGGAAGAUGGAACUACACUUGCUGUUGUGGGGACUGUUCACGCUUUCCAUGGUGUCCGGCUGCGUGACAGAGCUUUGUGAGGAUGAACCACCAAAGAUCACAUAUGCCACAUUCAAAGCCUCUGCGUACAAGAAUGGCACUAUGUUAAACUGUGAAUGCAAGAGAGGUUUCCGCAGAAUAAGAAAUGGAUCACCCUACAUGCUUUGUACAGGAAACUCUAGCCACUCUUCCUGGGACAACAAAUGUCAGUGCAUAAGCAACUGUUCCAUGGAACCUUUUGAAGAUUUCUUGGGGGCUGGGGGAUAUUGUCAGAAGAAAGUACUAUUGCUGCCUCUUGCUCCCAUCCUGAAAGAGCCCAUGGCUGCUGGGGGUGAGGAGUUCUCUCUUCCUCUUUCAGGUCACUGCAGGGAGCCUUCACCAUGGGAACAUGAAGCUGCAGAGAGAAUUUAUCAUUUCGUGGUGGGGCAGACAGUUCACUACCAGUGCCUCCAGGGAUACAGGGCCCUCCACAGAGGUCCUGCCAUCAGCAUCUGCAAAAUGACCUGUGGAAAGACGGUGUGGACCCCACCCCAUCUCACGUGUACAAGCGACACUGAGCACAGUGGGUUUCCAGGUGAAGAAGAACCUCAGGCAAUCACAAAUGCUAAUCCUGAGAGCAAGACGUCCUGCCCCUUCACGACAGCAGAUUCUCAGAAACAUACAGAAGCAGCGACAACCAUGGAGACGUUCAUAUUUACAGUGGAGUACCAGGUAGCAGUGGCCGGCUGUGUUUUCCUGCUGAUCAGUGUCCUCCUUCUGAGUGGGCUCACCUGGCAGCGGAGAUGGGAGCAGACUAUAGAGACCCACUACAUCUCCACUAUCCAGGACAUCCCCCACCCCUGCCAGAGUACACUCCGAUCAACCCUGAUGUAA